AACAAAAGUCGUAUACCGAGCAAAAUUUGUUUCAUCCAAACAGGACGUAUUCUAAAGCAGACGUAUACCAAGGUACCACUGUAUUUUUUAGUAAUAUGGAAAGCAACCUUUACGCUUUCACUUUUCUGCUUUUAAUCUGACUGAAUACUAAUACAGAAUCAUUAUUGUUACUAUUCAUCAUGUCAGUCUAUCCAAGUUUUGUGAAAUGUGCUGAAUGAUUCUCAUUCUUUAUGGUAGUAUGCAAUUGAAUAUUUUUAUUGAAUAAUAAUGUUUAUAAUUCUUAACUUGUAUAAGAUUAUGACAGGUAUUUAAAUGCUUUAAUUCAUGAACAAAAACCAUGCUACUUAUUUUAUUGUCUGGAUAAUAAUGUUCUUCCUGGACAAGAAUGGGUGUUUAUAAGUUGGUGUCCGGAUACAGCUACAGUAAGAGAAAAAAUGUUGUAUGCUUCAACAAAAGCAACAAUGAAGAAGGAAUUUGGAGCAGGACAAAUAAAGUAUGAGCUUUUUGGCAGUCGAAAAGAAGAUGUUACUUUGCAAGGAUUUCAUAAACACAUUCAAGCAGAAAAGGCUCCAGCUCCAUUAACAAAUGCAGAAGAAGAGUUGAUAGCUAUAAAAAGAAGUACUUCAGGAGCCAAUAUUGGAAUAGAUGAAAAACAUCAGACUAUCCAAGGAUUAUCCUUUCCCAUUUCAGAUGAUGCAGUUGCAGCAUUAAAAGAUUUAAAACAAAAUGUCAUUAAUUAUGUACAAUUGGUAAGCAUAUUUUUUGUUCAGUAUUUAUUGUUUUGAUAUUAUGAAAAAAAA